GACAAAUUGGCUCAUUGGUUCGAACAUGGAGAAUGCAACCAGCUCCAAAGCCACCAACUUGGAACAAAUCUUGCAGCAAACUGGACUCAACGAAGACUGUUUGGUCAAUAUCUUCAAAUGCUUGAGUGGAUGCGAUUUGGUGACACUAUGCGAUUUGGACUAUGAAAACGAUACAUCAUUAACGGAUCUCAUAAAUGACCGUGUGAUCAGCUCAUUGAAAAUCUAUGAUUUUGGACGAUUACCAGCCAGUCACGUGUUUCGAUAUUUCGGUCGGUCACUGCAACGAUUUAAGCUACGGAUUCAAGCAUUCAGCGUUUUCUUGGAAAAUGUCAUCAGAUACUGUCAAGCACCAAGCCGUUUACGCGAAGUAAUUUUAGUUGUGGACACAGAUUGCCCAGGAUUCAAUUUUGAUGACGAUCUAUGGGAUCAAGUGCAGCCAAUGUUUCAAAACCUUGUGAAAUUAAACAUCAUUCAUGUAACGUGUCGGCGAGCAUAUUAUUUCAUGCCAGAAUUCUUCGGUGAACUUGAUGAUAAUGACAAUCUAAAAACGGUAACACUUGAACAUUUCUAUAGAAACAAAACAUGGAUGGAAUUUCUUCCAAAUCCACAAAUGUGUGCAAACAUCACCGAAUUACGAUUGAUGAAUAUCCGAUUGAAAGAAGGCAUGAAUGAAUUCCAAGAGAUUCUCGAUCGACUGCCAAAUCUUAGAUGAACUAAUUGCUAUCGAUGAACACUUGGGAAUAUCUGGCCUUGAAAAAUUCACCAAUUUAACCGAAUUUCAUUUGAAAACUUCUCAAUGUCGAAAUUUACACAGUCUCUUCCGAUUCGUGCCAAUUAUCAAAGUUCUAGGCAUGUGGCAAAUGGACACUUUAUUACACGCUCCAGACGAAGUUCGCCGGAUUGCAAAAUCGAUCCGACAAACCGUUGCCAAUCGCAGUGACCGAUCUCCAGCCACCGAUCAUGUUCAUCUUCUUGUUAACCGGGCUCAAUACAAUGAUUUCAACGUGAUCAAAGAUAAUGAUUGCAGUAUACGCCUUACUAUAAAAUGACGUAGCAGUUGAGAGGAAGACAUGAACCAAUUUAACUACAUAGUAGUGCCACAUAUCAUGCAUUUGAAAUGUACCAAAAAAAAAUCGUUCAUUUUGAUUCGAAUUGUAUGUUUUAUUGGAAAUAAUCACAAAUAAAAAUAAAAACAAAAUCAAUUAGGUGAAAGCUCAAUUUUUCUUUUAUUUUUCUAUAAUUUUAUUUUCCCAACUUCAAGCUCUAUCCAGUUUCUCUAAAACCGACGAGUGUAUGUCAAGCCACCGCCAUAGCUUGGUGGUGAC